UCCUGCGGGCGGGGCCUCCCCGGGGCGCGUCCCGCGGCCGCUGCCCUCCCCGCCGCAGCCCUACGAGGGAGAGGCGCGGGGCGGAGAGCGGAGCGGGAGCGCGCGCGCACGGAGCCGCGGAGGGCGGCGGCGGCGGCGGCGGAAGCCUCGGACCAGCCCGGCCGCAGCCGCCGCGCCCGGCCCUGCCCUCGCCGCCCGCGUGCGUGCCCGGCGCGGGGAUGCAGCCGGGGAACGGGCGCCGGGGCCCGGUCAGCUGCGGCGGCCGGCGCUGAGCGGGUGCAGCUGCGUCUCUGAGACCCUCAGGCCCCUGCUGGUCACAGCCGCUCCCGGCUCCAGCCCGGCCCACCCGGGACCCGCUUCGGCCACGCAGAGCCCGGCCCCAGCCCAGAGCAGUGCGGACUCAGCCCCGCUGGAGGAGGAGGACGCGCCGCAGGCCCUCGGCGGGGAACCUGCCCCAGGACCCCCGCACACAGGGAGCCCAGUGUGCCCGGGGGACUGGCCGGAUCAGAGGUACAGACUCUUCUCAGGCAGCCAGAACGCCACGGCUCCGCCUGAAGCAAUGGCCCAGCCCUACCCCCCCGCCCAGUACCCCCCUCCGCCACAGAACGGCAUCCCCGCCGAGUAUGCCCCGCCCCCGCCGCACCCCACGCAGGACUACUCUGGCCAGCCCCCCGUCCCCCCGGAGCACAGCCUGACCCUGUACACACCAGCACAGACGCAGGCCGAGCAGCCGGGCACCGAGGCCAGCACGCAGCCGGGAGCUGGGGCGCCCCCCGUGCCGCAGACGGACGAGGCGGCGCAGACGGACGGCCCAUCGCUGCUCCCUGCAGACGCCUCGGACAAGCAGCUCCCCAAGCGGCUGCACGUCUCCAACAUCCCCUUCCGCUUCCGGGACCCCGACCUGCGGCAGAUGUUCGGGCAAUUCGGGAAAAUCUUAGACGUGGAGAUCAUUUUUAACGAGCGGGGUUCCAAGGGUUUUGGGUUUGUAACUUUUGAGACUAGCGCAGAUGCUGACCGAGCCCGGGAGAAGCUGAAUGGGACAAUCGUGGAGGGACGGAAAAUUGAGGUCAACAACGCCACGGCCCGGGUUAUGACCAACAAGAAGACCGUGAACCCCUACACCAACGGCUGGAAACUAAACCCCGUGGUGGGCGCCGUGUAUGGGCCAGAGUUCUAUGCAGUGACGGGCUUUCCUUACCCCACCACGGGCACAGCCGUGGCCUACAGGGGCGCGCACCUACGGGGCCGGGGCCGGGCCGUGUAUAAUACGUUUCGGGCUGCGCCGCCGCCGCCCCCCAUCCCAACUUACGGAGCGGCGCUGGAGCAAACGCUUGUUAAAAUGCCGGUCCCGUGGGCAGGGCUGGCACCCUGCCCCCUCCCUCCGCAGACUCCGGAGCCGGCCGGCCCCGCCUCUCCCGCGCUCCCACCACUUUCUUGUCCGUUUGCUUCCAGGGUCGUAUACCAGGACGGCUUUUACGGUGCUGAGAUUUAUGGGGGCUACGCUGCCUACAGAUAUGCCCAGCCCGCUGCGGCCGCGGCCGCCUACAGCGACAGUUACGGCAGAGUCUAUGCGGCCGCCGACCCCUACCACCACACCCUCGGCCCCGCAGCGGCUUACAGCAUCGGAACCAUGGCUGGCCUCUGCCGCGGAGGGUACAGCCGCUUCACCCCCUACUAGCAAGAGACCCGCCCCUAGCCGCACCCCCACUGCCUGCCUAGCGCGCGCACCCCGCACCCCAGGCCAGGGCCAGCCGCGCCGAGGACAGUGCGGGCCGGCCCCCCGGCCCUAGGUCUCACCUCCAGCCCGCGGGGCCCCCCACGAUGGUGUGUGUGUCUGACCCUGUCACCCCCGUGUGUCUGAAACCUUGGUCCCCAUUUUCACUUUGUUGACGUGUCCCCCCCAGCCACUCCAGUGAAAGCUGCUGCCUUUCCCUUCCCGGACCAUGAAGGGCCAAACAAAAACACAAAAUACAAAAAACAAAAAAAUUACAAAACAAAAAACCAAACAAAAAAAGAUGUUCCGAUCCAAGCCACAAACCAACCAACCGAACCGAGAAGCAUCCGCCCGCCCGGCCCGGCGCACGGCGCAGCGACAGCGUGGACGGCGGCUGCGGCCGCAGCAGGGAGAGGGAGGGACGCCCCGUGUCCUGCCAAGUCUUCCUUCCGGCCCCCACUCCCAAGGCAGUGGGGGGCCCGCGGGGGGCAGGCUGUGGCCGUGGGCCCGGGAGGGGCGAGGGAAGGGCUGCUUUGCACCCCAGGGGCUCGGCCGAGCCCCGGCACCCCCGAGUCACGCUCCCCGAGCCCCAGCUCCCCCCACGCCACGCCGCACCGAGGAGGAGCUGCGGGCCCCUGAGGACGACCACCCCGAGCCCAAGGGCUGUCACCCCUCGACUGAGGGACACCCGCGCCCUCCCUCCCCCCCAGCCACGAGGGGGGUGCACACCGGUCCUUCUGGAGGCUGGCCGGUCUGUGGGAGCAGGCCCCCUCACCCCUGCCCUGAGGACCCCAGUUCCGCAGGGGUGUGGGGGGACAGGCCAGCAUCUGGCCACACGCGAGGUGGGGAGUCUUGGUGCUACAGGGCUGCAGAACGGGGGGCCCUGCCCACCGGGCCCCGGCCCGCGGGGCCCCAGUGGGGUGCGGGGGGCAGGCAUGAGAGAGAGGCCCCACCAGGCAGGAGGGAAACAGCACAGAACUCGCAAGAACACUGGCUCCCGCCCGCCACCGGAGACCCUCUUUCUAUUCCGCAUCGGCUCCAGAGCUGGGCCGCGCCACCUUUUCUAAUCCCGUGUACAUAGCCCACCCCUCGCCUCCUGCCUUCUGGACCCCCGGGCAGCUCGCUGCCCGCCCCGCGGACUGCAGCCAGGCCCCGCCCCCUUUCUUACCAUUCUGUAUGCUCCGAGGUGUGACCAUUCAGAUGAACAGUAUUAUUAUUAAGAUUAUUAAUAAAGCGUUUUCUUCAAACCAGGA